AUGGUGGAUAGUCACGAAGAUACCUUGCGCGACAAUAUGGUCGUGUCGCUUCUCUGCAAAUUACGACCUGCAAGCAGUAAAACAGAUAAAACUAUUGGAAAAAAGAAUGGCGUUGUCUCGGAGCUGGAUGGUGUGCUGAUGUGUGAGCUGGUCAUGUUUGACUCUGCGGAAGACGGCGGAGAAAAGGAAGGCGGAGAAAGCCGCGAGUUGAAGAAGCUGAAUGCGAAGAAAAACGCAGAGCUUAAGAAUGAUAAAAUGGCAAAGGAGAAGCAAUUGGCCGAGCUGAACAAUUUUGGCUUUUGA